AUGGAUUACCUGUCGUUCUGCCGUGGUGUACUGAUCGGAGGUUUGAUGGGAGACUGUUAUGGAUUUGUGUAUGAAGGCAAACCUGCAGUAAAGUUCACGAUUCCUGUAGAAUUGCUACAAAAUUCAAUCGAUGGCCUUGAUACUAAGCAGUUGAUGUACAGCGAUGAUACACAAAUGGGUCUUGCGAUUCUCAGGUCAUUAAGGGCUAGAAACGAUUUUGAUGCAGAACAUUUGGCUAAAGAGUUCACAACUGACUAUUUUGAAAAUGGAUCACAUAGGUGUUAUGGUGGAUCUGUUGGACGUAUAUUUUCCUCACUUAAGGAGGUUAAUUAUAAAAAUCCAUAUACUUAUGCAGAGAAUAUAUUUAAUGGGACAGGAUCGUAUGGUAACGGUGGGGCUAUGAGAAUAGCACCUGCAGCAUUAUAUGGAUUGCAAUAUUCUGAACGUGAAUUUGAAAGACUGAUUAUCGAUGUUACUCGGUUAACGCAUACGCAUCCAUUGGCUAUAUGUGGUGCACUUCUACAAGCAUUUGCUGUACAAAUGAUUUUCUCCUUAACUCGUGAUCAUUUACAACUGGAUUGUUUAAAUUUCAUCGAUAACUUAUUGGCAAGAUUAGAGAAAACAGAAUAUUUUGUCAAUUUUAAGCAUCCCACUUGGUUAAAAGCACUUGAUGCUUAUAAAAAGAAAUUAGAAAUAGUUAAAUAUCUUUUAGCAAAUGAUAAACAACCAUUAGUUACAGAUAUUGUGAAUCAGUUGGGCAAUGACUUGAAAGCCAUCAACUCUGUUCCAACUGCAUUAUACGUAUUUCUGCGUAGUUUAAAACCUAUAGAUGGAAUUGAGUUUAGUUCAGCUCCUCUACGUUGUAUUGUCUUAUCAAUUGGACUAGGUGGUGAUACGGAUACCAUUGGUUGUAUGGCUACUGCAUUAGCUGGUGGAUAUAUUGGCAUUCCAGUUGACGUCAAUUCAACUGUACCAAGAAACAUUAUUACACGUUGUGAACAGUACGGUGAACUUGAAGAAUAUGCUAGUUGGUUAAUCAGAAAUGAUGAAGAUCCUCAAACUGUAAAAGAAACAGCUGUUAUACACAAUGGUUCUCAAUAA